AUGAAUUUGCCAAAAUCGGAAGAACCACCAAAGAUUGUUGCUUUUGUUGACUGUGGUCAUUCUUGUGUACAAACAUCCUUGAUUGCCCUUAUUGCUGGAAAUGCUAAAGUUUUUUAUUUUCUGUGUUUUUCUAUUUUUUUUAUUCAGGUACUCAGUGCUGCUCACACUUUGGAAGUUGGGGGACAUUAUUUUGACUUACUCUUACGUGAUUAUUUUGUUGUACAAUUCAAGGAGAAGUAUAAUAUUGAUGUAACUAAGAACCCGAGGGCUAUGUUCCGUUUAUUGGAUGAAUGUGAAAAGCUUAAAAAGCAAAUGUCAGCAAAUAGUCAAAAUAUUCCGUUUCAUAUUGAAUGCUUCAUGAAUGAUGUUGAUGUUAGUGGAAGCAUGCAAAGAACACAAUUUGAAGAAAUGGCUCAACACCUUUUUGAGAAAAUAAAUCUGAUGCUUCAUACGUUAUUUGAGCAUGCACAGAUAAAUGUGGAGGACGUUUCGGAUGUUGAAAUUAUCGGUGGAUCUUCUCGAAUUCCUCGAAUUAAGCAAAUUAUUGGAGAAUUUUUCAAAAAGGAGCCGAGAACUACAAUGAAUCAAGAUGAUGCAAUUGCAAGAGGAUGUGCUCUUCGUUCUGCUAUGUUUUACCCCGCCUACCAAAUGAAGGAAUUUGCCUUAGAAGAUCCUUUUGAUUUAGUUUUGGAAGCUAGUAAAUUGCCUACUGAAAAGUCUGUUGCGGAGCUACUUAAAAUUGAGGUAUAUUAUGUAUUUAGAUAA